ACUGAUUAAAUUGUCUUUAAAUACACAAUCUAUCGUUGUUUUCAAAACAAAUACAAAUUUCAAAAUGAAAUAUCAACUUUUAACAGUUCUGGUUAUUCUAUUAACCUCUCAAGUAAUUUGUUUCAACUGUGACCCUCCUUAUUGUCAAGGUAUCCAAUGUGGUGUACCCAAAUGUCCUAAAGGAACAGAGCUUAGGUCGAAUCCUUGUGUUUGUUGUCCUGCUUGCUACGUUAUAAAAGGUGAAGGUGAAGAUUGUGCAGAAACAGAUACUCUGUGUGAUCGAAAUUUGUAUUGCAACGAGAAUAAUCGAUGUGUCAAAAGUUAAAAACUUCCCCAAUCUUAAAAUAAUAAACAUAUAAUGUAUUUGUGAGAUUACAAACUCGAUAAUAAACAAAUAAAUCUUU